CCCCGUCCUGCCCUGGCCUCCAGGUUUCCGCUUCCGCUCUUCCCUGGUCCAGUCCACCCUGGCGGGGUCGCAGGGUUGGGAUGGCAGCUGGAGGCGAUCAUGGUUCGCCCGACAGCUACCGCUCACCUCUUGCCUCCCGCUAUGCCAGCCCGGAGAUGUGCUUCGUGUUUAGCGACAGGUAUAAAUUCCGGACAUGGCGGCAGCUGUGGCUGUGGCUGGCGGAGGCCGAGCAGACAUUGGGUUUGCCUAUCACAGAUGAACAAAUCCAGGAGAUGAAAUCAAACCUGGACAACAUCGACUUCAAGAUGGCAGCUGAGGAAGAGAAACGUUUACGACAUGAUGUGAUGGCUCACGUGCACACAUUUGGCCACUGCUGUCCAAAAGCUGCAGGCAUUAUUCACCUUGGUGCUACUUCUUGCUAUGUUGGAGACAAUACUGACUUGAUUAUUCUUAGAAAUGCACUUGACCUGCUUUUGCCAAAGCUUGCCAGAGUGAUCUCUCGGCUUGCCGACUUUGCUAAGGAACGAGCCAGUCUACCCACAUUAGGUUUCACACAUUUCCAGCCUGCACAGCUGACCACAGUUGGGAAACGUUGCUGUCUUUGGAUUCAGGAUCUUUGCAUGGAUCUCCAGAACUUGAAGCGUGUCCGAGAUGACCUGCGCUUCCGGGGAGUAAAGGGCACCACUGGCACUCAGGCCAGUUUCCUGCAGCUCUUUGAGGGAGAUGACCAUAAGGUAGAGCAGCUUGACAAGAUGGUGACAGAAAAGGCAGGAUUUAAGAGAGCUUUCAUCAUCACAGGGCAGACAUAUACACGAAAAGUGGAUAUUGAAAUACUGUCUGUGCUGGCUAGCUUGGGGGCAUCAGUGCACAAGAUUUGCACCGACAUACGCCUCCUGGCAAACCUCAAGGAGAUGGAGGAACCCUUUGAAAAACAGCAGAUUGGCUCAAGUGCGAUGCCAUAUAAGCGGAAUCCCAUGCGUUCAGAACGUUGCUGCAGUCUUGCCCGCCACCUUAUGACCCUCGUCGUGGACCCGCUACAGACAGCAUCUGUCCAGUGGUUUGAACGCACACUGGAUGAUAGUGCCAACCGACGGAUCUGUUUGGCCGAGGCAUUUCUUACCGCAGAUACUAUAUUGAAUACGCUGCAGAACAUUUCUGAAGGAUUGGUCGUGUACCCCAAAGUAAUUGAACGGCGCAUUCGGCAAGAGCUGCCUUUCAUGGCCACAGAGAACAUCAUCAUGGCCAUGGUCAAAGCUGGAGGUAGCCGCCAGGAUUGCCAUGAGAAAAUCAGAGUGCUUUCUCAGCAGGCAGCUUCUGUGGUUAAGCAGGAAGGGGGUGACAAUGACCUCAUAGAGCGUAUCCAGGCUGAUGCCUACUUCAGUCCCAUUCACUCCCAGUUGGAUCAUUUACUGGAUCCUUCUUCUUUCACUGGUCGUGCCUCCCAGCAGGUGCAGAGAUUCUUAGAAGAGGAGGUGUAUCCCCUGUUAAAACCAUAUGAAAGCGUGAUGAAGGUGAAACAAGUGCCAUUGGACAAGAACAUUGUCUGUGUCAUUCCUUGUUGUAUUUCCAAUAGCAAGAGCACAUCAGAUACUUGGCAACUAGGCAGUCUUCCAGCUUCUGCCACUGCGCCCGACUUCCUUGUUGCAUGGAUUUAUAGCUGAUUGAAGCAACUGUAGCCAAAGAUUGAGUUAAUUACCUACCUGCCAGGAGAGCACUAGUGUUAUUUAGCCCAUUCUCAUCCUACAUAUUUUUCGGCAUAGAUGAAAAUGGAAGCUUUUGUUUAUCAGAUUUGCAGAUGAC